GGCCACUACUACGGGACACGCCUUUUCGUUUCUGGCCACCGAUGCCAUGCCAGCGCCCACGGAUGAGAUCGCUGAGCUGCGGCAGGAGAUCCUUCGCCUCACCGAGCGCUUGAACAGCUUGGAGUCGCGGCUCGCCUCGUCCCCGGAUGCGGCAGGCGCGGCAGGGCAACCGGAGAGCGUGACGGUGACGGUGCCCACCAGCAAGAAAGUGGCUCCCACACCGGAGGAGGAUGGCCAACGAGGUUCUGCGGAAGAGGAAGGGGAGGACAAGGAGGUGAAGUUGUGCGAGAGCGCAUGGAGCUUAUUGGCCGUGGUCGGCUUGACGGAUGCCGGGCUGCUGGAUGUGGCCUUUUCGACGUUGCUGCUGCUUUUCAACAUCGUGAUGCAGUUCGGCUUCAUCAUGAUCAUCCUGGACAAGCGAUUCCUGGGAUCUCCUUUCCGUGACAAGGUCACCCACGCGCAAGAUUGGCGGACUCGCUCAGCACACGACUACAAAUAUCUGGAUCUGGCCGAUACAAGUUUGGUUUCCCGGGUCUGUGCAGAGGACGAUUCUCUACUGGUGUCUUCAACUCAGGCGAAGUUGAUUCAGGACAUCAACAAGUUUUUAGGCUUGCAGAAGGACGACUUCGAGAUGCCCUUCUGGCGGCCUGGUGUUCAGCUCUGUAUGCUUUGUAUCAUUCUCUACAACCUCUGCGUUUUCAAAGAGCUGCGGACCGUCUUCAACAGUGCCCAAGCCUUGCUCCGUGUCCCUCGCAACGGCGUCACGGUCAUGAAGGGCAACAGCUUCAAAACGAUCUCGCGCGGACGGAUUGGCGUUCUGAUGGUGGCGCAUGUCGUGCGCGCAGUUCUCGCCAUCACAUUGUUGAUCUCGGGCGUCCAGUGGUUGGCCUCCACCACAUCCAUCGUAGAUCUCAUCUUGAACGCUGUGGCACUGGGUGGUAUCCUGGAAGUGGAUGAGUUCAUUUUUGUGGCGCUGGUGCCGACGAAGAUUCAGCUCGCCGUCCAGAAGUUGGAACCCAUGAAGGUCCGGUAUCACCAGAAACGCAGUGACGCAGAGUCCGUCGUCCACUGCAUCAUGCUGUUGGCCGCGAUUUUGCUUCCCUGGCUCAUACUGCUGGAACCCAUUAGCCAGGACAUGCUCGCGGCGAAGCUGCAGUGGCACUCAGAACUUUGUGGUGUCCUUCAAUGCGGAUGUGCAGAUGGUCCUGGGCUACGAGACCUACCAUGCGCGCUCCCGCGCACUGCCCACUUUGUCCGAGCAAGCCGUGCGGACCUUCCGCUUCCGAAGCUUCGACACCCCCGAGUACUUCAACAAGGUCUCCACCCCCAAGGAGUUUGAAAGAGGCCGCCUUCGAAAGAUGAAAGAGGAAGCUGCUUAUUAUCCCGUUUGCUUUGAGCCGGACGUCAUGACCGUGAAUGGAUCUGCCUAUGGCGUGCCGAGGCUAACGGAAAUCAGCUACUCUCGCAUGAAGACCCUUGCAUUCCAGUUCGACCUCCCAGAAGGGUCUACAUGUGAGGACUUUGCGCAGUUCUGCCAUGAUCCGGAGGCGCGCUUGCUGCGCCUGAUGUGCGGACAGACCUGUGGUUGCGUGAACCCCUACUCUUCGCCGUGGUAUAAGCAACGCUCAGAGGGCUGUGGAGACUUUUGCUUGUGGUCCAGGAUGAUGGCCAAUCGCCAAUUGCCCUGUCGGGACUUGGCCACAGCGGAGGCCACUGCCAGCUGGAAUCACUUCUGGGACAACUACUUUGUGGCGAUUGGGAACUUCUACGGCACGGACCGGAUGGACUUCAGCAAGUAUGCCGCUGACACAGUCGUGCAGAUGAAGGCUCAAGGAUGCUCCUAUUUGAGGACGUUGCCGGAAGAUCCCGUCACAGGCAACACUUGGUGCCCUGGUGCUAAGGAUCUCUGGGGGCCUUUGGCGUAUUUGUGUCCCGAGUCCUGUGGCUGUGCCAAUGGUACCGCCGAAGACCAAUCGGACGUUUGCCCUUCCAGCUGUACUGGUGGCUCCGCUUACGGCUAUGGAUAUUAAGAGGAGCAGUCGCGGCAGCACGCGUCCCAACGACAACGCCUUGUUUUCAGAGCGCCUUGCAAGUGCGCACAAUUGUGCGACUGAGCUGAGACUGAUUUGGGGACUCUGCGAAGCAGAGAGAACCACGCAUGUAGAGCCAACAGCGCCUUGGGCGUUCAAAGGUUUCUGAACGAGUUGGGCUCCCGGAGAACGCGAUAGCUUCUUUGCGGC